AGCAUAAGAGUCUGCUGACAUUGGACUGACUGUCCCCGCCGAGGAAGGGCUCCCAAGAUGAAGCUGCUGACAGCGGUCCAGGCUCUUGUGUUGGUUACUCUGCUCGGCUGCGUUAUAAACUGCUGUGCCACAGGAAAGGACGAAGUGUGCAGAAAAAAGGAGGUUGGCAAAACCCGCAAAUUCCUCAUCGUCCAGGUUUUCAACCCAGCCACCAACAAAACCAUCAACACCUUCAAUGACUCGUCCAUGCAGCACCUGAAGAGUAACGUAACCAGAGUGCUGAUCCCGUACUUCUUCCUCGUGGUGUUCAUUAUCGGCCUCCCGGCUAACGGGCUUGCUUUGUGGGUCCUCAUCGCCAGAAUCAAGCAGCUGCCCAGCACUUUCUUACUCAUCAACUUGGCCCUCGCCGACCUGUUGGUCCUCAUCUCCCUCCCUUGGAGAAUCGCCUACCACCUGCUGGGCAACAACUGGGUGUUUGGCGAGGCGUUCUGCCGCAUCUCCACUGCUCUCCUCUAUGGGAAUAUCUACAGCUCCAUUCUGUUCCUGACCUGCAUUGGCGCCGAUCGCUACCUGGCCAUUGUCCACCCCUUUGUCUCAAAAGCAAUCCGGAGCAACACAGCCGUACACUGCGUUUGCGGAGGGGUCUGGCUGGUUCUCGUGCUAAGCAUGGUGCCUCAUUACAUCACCAAACAGUCGUACUGGAUCGACCCCCUCAACAUCACCCUGUGUAAUGACGCCUUCCCAAUCGAGACGCAGGAGAAGUACCGCCCUUACUUAAUCUGCCAGGUGCUCUUUGGGUUCAUGCUUCCAUGCUUGAUUGUUGUCUUCUGUUACAUAUCGAUCAUUUCCACGCUGGCUAUGAACGAUAUGAAGUACGGCCAUGCAAUUAUGGCCACCCUGCUGGUCCUGCUGGUGUUCCUGGUGUGUCUGACUCCCUUUAACGUGACCUUGUUGGUGCAGAUCUACACGCAGAGCAGCGACGUGUACUAUUACACCAUGAUCUGCCUGGUGGCCAGCACCCUCAGUAACUGCAUUGACCCGUUCAUCUACUACUACAUCUCCGAGGAGUUCAGGAACAAGUUGACGGGUCUGCUCACUGCCUACAGGACUGAGACUGGCUCAGGGAAGUCGGACCAGAGCUUACUCCAGAGCAGCAACCAGCCGCAGCCCAAUCCUCCCCGGUCGGUGUAGUUCCUAGUGGAUCAGCUGGUGAGCCCAGUCAUUUGCCUCCGAGCCAUCUGGAAACUGGCCAGGUUAAUGGGACUUAGAUAAAAAGCCUAAUUCUGAGUGGAUCUUAGCAAACGCUGGUAACGAGGAAGCGGGAAAGUUGCGGUGGGGCAUCUUCCUUUCCACCCCGGUCCUAAUGAGCUGUAUUUUACCGUAACUUAUCGUGUAUCUAAUGUGAUCGGUGUAGCUUAUGUGCAAUGAUACUUAGAGCAUUAGUUUGCCAGGAUAAUCAAGGAUUUCUAGACUUUACAGAGAAAAAAAACAUCAUCGUGAAUUAAAGACUUGACUACAUGUCUGAGUUCAAUCAUGUUCAUUAGAAAAGACUAUUCAGUUAAAACACAGCUGACUAUAUGGCUAACUAUAAAACAUAGGAGCUGAAUUAGGCCAUUCAGCCCAUUGAGUCUGUUCCACGGUGGCUGAUUUACUAACCCACUCAAGCCCAUUCUUUUGCCUCCUCCUUGUAACCUUUGGCACCUUUACUAAUCAACCUCCACUUAAAAUAUACCCAAUGAUUUAGCCUCCACGGCCAUCUGUGGCAAUGAAUUUCCACAGAUUCACCACCCUCCCCUCUGGCUAAAGGAAUUCCCCCUCAUCUCUGUUCUGAAGUGACAUACCUCUAUUCUGAGUCCGUGCCCUUUCCCUAGUUCAAUCAUUCAAUCUCCUUUUUUAAAAAAACCUCCACGAAUAAUAACAGGUUACAUGGUUUCCCACUGAACUGCAAGGUUGAGCAGACCGCUGUUACACCGCUCUCCUCUACUUAUAUAUGAAAACCACUUGCCGGAAGCCAGUAGAAAUCCAGGGUCCCCAAACCUGAUGUGCUCACUCACUGGUCAGAAUGUUACCAGAAAAGAUAUAAAAGCAGCAGAUUGUACCAAGCUGCAGCAAAACAGAGCUUUGGUUGGAUACCGCUGGAACAAAUGGUUUCUGUUCUGGGGAGUGUGUGACAUAGAGUGGCCCAAAAGGGGGGAAUGCAGAUUCAAGGGGAGUUACAACGAUUAAGUUAUGUUGACAGGCUUCAUGGCCCACCUUUGUAUUCCCUUGAGCUUGAUGGAUUAAAAGGAGACUUUUCCAAAAUGUUUAAAAUGCCAAAGAAAUUCAGUCUGAGCUGGGGUCAAGAUUGAUUGGGGUUUUUGGGGUAAAGGGAUUACAACCUAAGGUGGAAAAAAGUGUUGUAGAUUCAGUUUAUUAGCAGGACAAGUGCAAAGCUUCCUAUACAGAAACAUAGAAAAUAGGUGCAGGAGUAGACCAUUCGGCCCUUCGAGUCUGCACCGUCAUUCAGUAUGAUCAUGGCUGAUCAUCCAACUCAGAACCCUGUACCUGCUUUCUCUCCAUACCCCUGAUCCCUUUAACCACAAGGGCCAUAUCUAACUUCAUCUUAAGUAUAGCCAAUGAACCGAAUAUGUGAAACACUGGUCAACAAUUUACUGGGAUUCAACAGCAAUCCAAAACCAAGCCCACAACUGUGCCACUUACAUUGUAAG